AUGCAUUGCAUUGUGUUGGUUGUUUUUACGUUACUUUUUGAAUAUGUMUUUUGCACCGGUCCACUGAUAAACGUACACGAAGGCCAAUUGAAAGGAAAACAGUUCUUAUCGCGAAAUGGACGGAAUUUUUUUGCGUUUCAAGGAAUACCGUAUGCAAAACCACCAGUGGGACCGCUCCGAUUUAAGGCUCCAGAACCAGUUCGUCCUUGGAAAGGCGUAUUGAAUGCUACAUCGGAACCUUCGAUGUGUAUUCAAAAGAAUCUGUUCAUGUACCAAACAUCUGAUGUCCUCUUGGGCAGUGAAGAUUGUCUAUAUUUAAACGUCUAUACACCUAAGCUACCCAAAAUAGGUGUUAAAAAUUUACCUGUCAUGGUAUGGAUCCCWGGAGGAGGUUUUAGUUCAGGACAUGGUGGUAUGAGGCUCUAUGGCCCUAAGUAUCUAAUGGAUAAGGACAUUGUUUUGGUUACAAUAAAUUACAGGAUAGGACUUCUUGGUUUUUUGAGYACUGAAGAUGACAUUUCACCGGGAAAUUAUGGUUUGAAAGAUCAAGUAUUAGCACUCCGUUGGGUUCAAGAUAAUAUCGCCAAAUUUGGAGGCGAYAAUAAAAAAGUUACAUUGUUCGGUGAGAGUGCUGGAGCGGUGAGUGUGGGUUUGCAUUUACUGUCACCAUUAAGUAAAGGAUUGUUUCAUAAAGCAAUUUUACAAAGUGGAAGUCCUUUUUGUCAAUGGGCCGUCUUGCCACCCGGCUUAGCUGAGCGGCGCGCCAAAGCUGUUGCUACAAUUACUGGAUGUCCUUCCAAUUCAAAAGAUAUGAUUGAAUGCUUAAGGCUCUUACCCGCCGAUUCAUUUGUACAAUUAAAUAGAAAUUUUUAUGAAUGGGAAGUUCAUCCAUCAGUCACUUUUUCAGCCGUUGUGGAAAAGUGUCACAAGAAAAAAGAUUCAUUUUUAUGCAAUUAUCCUUUAAAAUAUUAUAAACAAGAAUCACUCGUACCGAUAAUAAUUGGAAUGACUUCUGGAGAAGGUGGUAUUUUUGCAUCUCGGUUGUAUGAUGAAAAUGGUCUUAUCUAUCCUGAGUUCAAAGAAAACUUCAGACGAAUAGUACCUCUAAUGCUGCUUUACCAUUUUACCGCUUCAUACAAAGAUGUUGAUUUUAUUAGUGAUCAAUUGAAAGAACAUUACUUUCCAGAAGGGACCUCAAUUGAAGAAAAUCCUAAAAAAACAGUUGAUAUGAUUACUGGUGGUACAUUCUUAAAAGGGGUUAUUGACAUGGCCAAUAAUGUAAUGUCACCUGUACACUUUUAUGUAUACGAUUAUGCAAACAAGCAUUCAUUUAAUACAUUMUUCGGACCAUGUCCAAAACAUUUAGGUGUCACUCACGGUGAUGAAAUGAUUAGCCUUUUCGACUUAGGCAAGCGGUUAAACACACAAGACGAAAAUGUGUCUAAACUUAUGGUGGACAUUUGGACAAACUUCGCCAGCUCUGAAAAGUUGACAAUUGACGGAAAAAGUACGGGCAAUACUUGGCCAAGGUAUAACAAAAAGGAUAUGAAAUAUUUAUUGAUAAAGUCAUCCACGCCUGUUUUGUCCGAAAGACCGUUUAUGGACGAGUAUAACUUUUGGAGCGGAUUACCACUGAUGUCUAGUGUGAACUAUAGUCGAGAAAAUUAUAGAACGGAACUUUAAAUGUAUAUAUUGUAAAUAUACAUUAAGAAUGUAAGCUUAUAUAAUUAUAACCAUAUUUAUUCUAAAUGCAUGUUAUAGUAAAUAACUAUUAAAGUUCUUAUUAAGUAUUUUUUUUUUAAGUUACUAUCUUAGGAGAAAAAUAUAUUAUUAUUUUUAUACGUUUUUUGUAGACUAAUGAUAUUGCCAAAACCAAUUUUUAACUUGUUUCUAUUUGUCUUUURU